AGUGAAGCCCCCUUCUCUUUUUAUCCCUUAAUUUACACUUAACCAGCCCACUGUCUCCCUCAGCUCUUCUUCCUUGUUUUUUCUGUGAGUUAAUAGAGCUGAGCCCCCUUCCCCGUCCCCGCUCCGAAUCUUUGUCUCUUUUUCUUUUCUUCCAACGCACACUUCCUUCCUCUUAUAUUCACCCUUUAUUCCACCACAUCCUCAUGGGAAACAACUGUUGUUCUCCCUCCAAGACUCGCUCCAAGAAACUAACUCCGACGCCAGAAAUGGUUCCGUUCGAGGCCAUCAAGAUCAAGCCGCCGCCUCCGCCGUCGACCGCUACGCCCACCAUCAAGCUGUACGGCUCCGCUACCAGCUCUCUCACCGCUUAUGCUCGUUUUGCGCUUCUUUAUAAAUCCAUUUCUCCUCAGUUUAUUUCUUCUAAUAUGGAAACCACGGUGCAAAUCUGCGCUGGUUUCGACUCCGCGACAGGGGAUCGCGAAACGCUGCUGCGUUUCAUCGAGAGUAGGUUUCCUCAACCGCCGUUGACGGCGGUGACGGUGAUAAGGGAUGACUAUCGGGAGAAGGUUUACGAUGACGUUACGUCGCCGGUUAUUGUGAGGGUGGUGGUGCUGCAGCACAAGAGUGUGAGGUGGCACCUGGAGAGGAUGGUGAGGUGGGCGGAGGAUCUGGCCAAACGCGGCGGGAAGAAGGCGGUGGAUCCAGCGGUGGGGAGUCCGAAAAUGGAGAUGAGGAAGUUCGGGAAGAACUACUCGCAGCUGCUGGAGUUGAUGUUAGAGCACGCCCAAAUGGAGGAGAGAGUUGUGUUUCCGGUGCUGGAAAUGGCUGAUCGAGGACUCUGCAAGGGUGCAAAUGAAGAACAUGCAAAGCACCUUCCCAUAAUGAACGGCAUCAAAGAAGACAUUAAAUCGAUUGGAGUUUUAGACUCUGGAACCUCCGUUUAUCAGGAAGCUCUUUACAACCUUUCCGGUCGACUCAAAUCCCUACAGGAGCAUUGUAAAGAGCAUUUUGAGGAGGAAGAAAGGGAUUUACUGCCAUUGGUACAGGCCACAGAGCUGAGCAAAGAGCAACAGAAGAAAAUACUGGUUCAGUGUGUGAACACGAUGCAGGGGACUCACUCACACUUGUUUAAAGUUUUCCUUGAAGGGCUCCUCCCUCAGGAAGCUAUGCUGUAUCUGGACUUGAUCAGCGAUGCAGUCACCAAGAACCAACUGUCUCCAUGUUACUUAUGAUUGAUUGUCGAGAAUUUAGAUCUUAGCAUGAAUGAACUUUGUCAUGUUAAUAAAACUUGUAACAUCAUAAGUCUACAGAUUACAAGUUUUAUGUUCUACUUACUAAAAUCUCGAUAGUCCUGUUACAAUUUGAGACUGUUCAUUCAGCUAGGGUUCUUGUAUAUUAGAUAUGGAUGGUAGCUUUUAUGGUUUUGUUGAAUUGAAGGGAGAAAGCUUUUAUAAUUUGCAGGGCAGGUUUGUGCAGAGAAAUGGCAUCUUAAAUGUGUAAAAAUAUUUGUCAGUUACAAAGAAAGUGCAGUUUAUGAUGAAUAAAGAUUGGUGUUAAAUUUGUCAA